AUGAAGAUCAUCCGCAACCCCUCCCAGCAAGCUUCUCCUGCACUAGAACCUGUUGCUCCACUUACAAAGACAGAGAACCGAUGGGUGCCUACUGUUGCCGUUCAGCAAGCAAAUGAUAAAGCGGCCUCUACUGAUUCUGACCUCUUGUCUGAAGAGGUUAUUACUCGUAAAGUGAAGGCCUUAUUGAACAAAUUGACAAUUGAAAAAUUCGAUUCAAUCUCUGAACAAAUCUUCAGCUACGCUAAGCAGUCCGAAAAGGAAGAAGACGGUAUGGCCCUCCGUACAGUUAUCAAGCUUACAUUUGAAAAGGCCUGUGACGAACCUGCUUUUGCCAGCAUGUGGGCUCGUCUUUGCCACAGGAUGUCUAGCAGCAUGACAAACGAUAUUCGCGAUACCAGUCUCUUAGAUGAUCAAGGCAACCCAUCGUGUGGUGUGCUUUUAUUCAGAAAGUACUUGUUCAGUCGAUGUCAAGUGGAAUUUGAAAAGGGAUGGAAGGUCAAUAUGCCUGAAGCUGACGAGAGUGCCAUGUUGACUGAUGAGUAUUAUGCCGCCGCUAAAGCCAAACGCCAAGGUCUCGGUCUUAUUCAAUUCAUUGGUGAGUUGUUCAAGUUGGAAAUGCUGUCCGAACGUAUCAUGUAUGGCUGCUUGAUCAAAUUAUGUAACGAUCCUCAGAAUGCAGGCGAUGAAGAGGCAGAGUCACUUUGUAAGCUGCUUACGACCAUAGGUAAGACCCUUGACAGUAAGCCAAAGACGUCCAAGUGGGUUGAUAUCGUUACGGCAAGAAUGAAGAAUGAAAUGAUGAACAGCCCCAAGAUAUCAUCUCGUGUGAAAUUCAUGAUUCAGGACGUAUUCGACUUGCGUAAGCAAAACUGGGUUCCUAGAAAUGCAAGCAACCAAGUCGGUCCUACAACACUCGCCAAGAUCCAUGAGAUGGCCGAGAAGGACAAG